AAAUUCGUGCCUAAAGGAACUUAAGAAGAAAGAUAAGAAAACCAGAUGCCAAACGCUGAGGAAAUGAAAAUGCAAUUCUCUAAAAGAGACAACAGAGUGGAGUCGUUUGAUAGCACCAAAGACAGCGAACACAACAUGACUUCAAGUGAUUCAGUAAAACGCAAGCCAGGAAAAUAUCAACAACUCUUAAAGGAGUUUUCACAAGAGUCGAGCGCUGGCGGAAUUAACAAAGUCUUUUCGUCAAAACCACUUCUUAUUCGUUUAAUUUGGGUCUUACUGUGUGUGGUUUGUUAUGGUGCAAUGAUAUAUCUCAGUUAUAUAGCGAUAAAGACAUACUUUGACAAACCGACUUCCACCUAUGUCGAAGUGUCUUUCGAGACGGAUAUGACUUUUCCAUCCGUCACUAUCUGCAAUUUGAACAAAUUCCGCAAAGAUGCUUUACAAAAUCUUCCAGGGCUGAACAAAAUCAUCAACAACAAGAAGAGUGACCGGGCGAACGUUGAUGAAGAGAACCUUUUCUUUCAAAAAAUGAAAAGAAGGAGCGGAAUGACUCUUCCGGCAGGUGGAAUGAAUUUUUCAAAAACGAAUCAAGUUUCAAGUAAGGAUAUCCUCGAGAAUGCAAUGCUGGCUGCCAGUGUGAAAUAUUCAGAAAAAGAUUUGAAAAAGGCUGGCCAUCAAUUUGAAGAUCUUGUUUCAAGCUGUCGCUGGAUGGGUAUUCAGUGUAACUCAAAGUCAAGCUAUUUUAAGAACUACUGGAGAAAUACCUGGAAUUGGAAAUAUGGAAACUGCUAUACGUUUAAUUUUGGUUUGUCUGAGGGGAAUAAUACAGUAACGCCACUAACGACGACCAAAGCUGGCCCGAAAUAUGGGCUCACAAUUGAUUUGUUUAUCGAGCAAGCACAAUACAUCCGGCAAUUAACAGAAGAAGCUGGAGUGAAAGUGGUAAUAAUAAAUGGUAAACAACAUCCAUUUCCUUUCCAAGAAGGAACCGCAGUCUCUCCCGGAACUGCUACGGCCAUUGCUCUAAGAAAGGAGGUCAUUGAAAGAGUCGACAGGUACAGUAAUAGGUCCUGUGUUGAGGACACCGAAAUUUUUGACAGCAUUUACAACGAAGAUGCUUCGCUUGCAUAUACCAUUCAGAGUUGUCUUGAUACUUGCUUAGUUGAACAGCAAAUUAAAGAAUGCAACUGCAGUGAUGCCAGAUAUGCCAGGAAUGGAAAAGCUUGCUCAAACACAACUGAAAAUGAAUGUAUCGUAAAUGUGGAGACAAAAUAUAGAAAGGAUGAGUACGGUUGCAUAAAAAGAUGCCCUCAGAGAUGCAGAUCAGUAUCGUAUCGCACUACCAUAUCAGAAGCCCAAUUAUCUGCCCAAUUCAUGAAAGAUCAGCGUGAAAGCUUAAACACCUCUACAAAGCGUCGGAAUGCGACUAAGACUGAGAAACUAUUUAAGCAGGAUUUUCUUCGGAUAAAAAUCUACUUUGAGGAGCUCAAUUUGGUUCGUAUUCAUCAGGAGUUCUCGUACACCCUCACCAGUCUCCUGUCAGAUAUCGGCGGCCAGUUAGGGCUCUGGGUUGGUUUAUCAGUGAUUACGUUUGCUGAAGUUGGUGACUUAAUUCUAUCCAUAAUUCUGCUCGUCUUCUCAAGAAAUUAAUCUUUUAAGUCAAAAGGAAUUUCGCAACAACAAGAAAGACCUAUUUAUCGUAUAUAAAUGAAAUACAAUUGAACCACGAAAGUUGGUCAAAGCAUCCGUAAUUAUACUGUAAGAGUAUUAGAUUAACUGUAAUUCGUAAUUGACUAUAACACAUAGCACAUAGCAGUUUCACGCGUAUAUAUUACAGCACUUGAACAAGCAGAUUGCUUUUGUCCGUCAACGUUUUUACCUUGUCAAAAGAUUAAGUCAAAAUUAUUAUUUAUAGAUCUGAUAGAAAAAAAACUCGUGAAGACAUGGCUUUAUUAUGAAUUGUUAUAAUUGUUUCUCGUCGGGGAAGUCAGUCAGAAUAUUAAUCGAUGUAUUCAGUAAAAGUAAAAAUCUAUUUAACAGU